AUGGCACCGCUGGCUCCUCUCCGUGAGGCGCAGGAAGAUGCGGAUCACUCGCCGAGAAGCUUGAAGCCAUGGCAAUGUGAGGAAUCCACGACGUCGCCCGAAGAGGCACCAUACUCGCGCCCGUCGUCUGACGAGGGCGCGCGAGAUGCUGCGGCCCUGCGCCAACACCUGCUCGAGGCGCAGGGCGAGAUCGCUGGGCUGCGCCUGGCCUUGGCCGCCAAGGAUCGCGUUCGUGCUCGGGGAGCCCCUCCAGAGGACGCUCUUCUCACGGAGCUGAGAUCGCUUACAAGGGAGCUUCGAUCUGCAAUCACCUCCACACGGACAUGCAAAGCUGACCCUCGCAAGGAGCAGCGGACAUGCCUCAACAAGGCGUCGUGCUCGUCGCCCAGGUCGCCGGGCCGCAGCCCUCAGAAGGCAGUCAAGGCGGUCGAGCCACAGAAGAUUCUGGCAGAAGUGGAACGGAAGAUCCAGCUCCUACGGGGCCAGCUUGGCCAAGGUUCAGGCCAACGGAAGGGUGCGGUUUCUGGAGCAUUGACGCCACAGCCCCCACCGUGCCGGGAAAUCGCCCGUGAUCUGAAGCACGUUGCCAGACCAUUGAGGUCCGAGAAGAAGGAUGCGGUGCACGGUUGCAAGAGCGAAGCCCCACGAAGCCCCGGCCCAUCUUCGCCAGAGACGAGGACAAGGGCAAGGUCUCUUUCGGAGAGAAGCCGACGCCUCUCCGAGAUCUCUCUUCGUGGACUUGAGAAACUUGAGGAGAAGCAGGCAAGGCCCGAUUUCAGGCCCGGCUGA